AUGAGGCUAAGGCAGCAGACACCAGCGUCCCGAGCGGGCCGCCAGGCGCCUGCCGCUGGAACCGGAGCGCCGGGGGCGCCGUGUGGACGCAAACCUGCUGCAGGUGGCAAUGGCCGGAUCGGACCCGGGGGGCGCGGCUCCCCCAGCCGCAGGAGAGGGGACCUGGGGACAGCGACCCCGAGACCGGAGAUGAGCCGAGGCCGGGGGGGGUCCGGCAGGGCCUGUCCGCGGAGGGCGGGGGGAGAGAACGACCCGAUCCCGCGUUACCGGCGGCUCCUCGCGCCAACACUUGGCAAUUUGACUAUCCAUACCUCGGUAAGCGAUUCCAUUUAUUCUACUUACCGGCUGAAUUCUACUCAAACAUGCUCCCUUUGUUUAGUUCCUACAGAUUACGGCAAACGAGUUUACCAAGGAGUGAGAGUAAAACACACAGUCAAAGAUCUCCUUGCCGAAAAACGAUCGAGACAGACCAGUGGCUCCCGAUUCAGCGGCAGUGCCAGCACCUCCCCGUCUCCAUUUGUCCAAAUGUCAGGCUCCACUGCCAUGUCUGGUUACUAUGGAGUUAGAAGAUCGUUCAUGUCUGAUUUGGAUUUCCACAACACUAAGCCACUUUCAAAUGAUGUUUAUGCUUCAUCCCUGGGGGCAAAGUCCUUUCCGUGUGACUCCUCUGCCAUUCAAGGGUACCCGCCGCUACUGGACCCCUAUUUCACUGAGGACUAUCGCAGUGCUGCCGUAACACCCAGCACCAGCUCCCUUUUCAGCACCUCCUCGCUGCCCCCUCUCCUGCCACCCUUCCCCAAUGACUCAGCACAUUACUUAAUAAGAGACUCCUGGGAGCAGGGCAUGCCUGACAGCCUCAACCAAUCAGAUGCCGUGUGCUCCGAUUCCCUACAGACCUUGCCCACAACUACCAGCUGCCUCACCUCUCACGAAACUGGAACCACUUCCCAGUAUAGAAGCUCAAGCUGGAGUUCUGCCAUCCCAGGAGCCCAGUCCUACCCUUUGCAUGCUUUUGAAGAUGUGCACUACAUACCCAGUUAUCCUGCCACCUCGUCCUAUUCCUUUUCACCAUUUAUGACUGCAGCAAAUGACCUACCUCCCAAGAUGCUCCACCUCUCAUCAGAGGAACCCUUAGAUACAACCUCCCUUCACGACAACUCCUCUUGGGCAAAAGAAGAUGGGAGUCCAGUCUGGGGGACAUAUGAAUGCCGAAGAACUUAUUGA